AUGCUUGGCUUGAGAUCUGUCCGUUAUAUCAGUCCCGUUGUGGCCGGCUCCAUAGUGUAUGGCAUGCAAUCACCUGUUUAUAACGAUGCACCCAAACGUAACUUCUAUGAGGACGACAAUGAAGUUGUGCCAGUUCCUGGUACUACAGUGCCAGCAGCAGGUAGUGAGAUUGAAAUGCUUGGACCCAACAAAUUGAUUAAUGGUAUUUCUGUGAGAACUUCCAGUGGAUUGGAGAGCAUUUUCAAAAGCAUUAGAGCCAAUAUUUCUGCAUGGUAUCAAUCAUCACAACAAGUAGUUGAUGAGCAACUUAACAACUAUUAUACUACUGAAAGAAACGUCACAAAUACUGUUAGUGGAUGGCACGAUAACUCAGAGGAUCUUUUACCCAACUCAAUAUAUGUAAUGAUUGGUACUUUGACAGGUAACAUUGCUGCUCGCCAAAGAGGACCAUUGGCUAAACUUACGUUCCCCAUUAUAUUUGGACUUGUGUCGUUCAAGUUCUUCCUUCCCAAAACAUUCAGUAACACCACAGGUUGGUUCCAGCAAUUGGAGAGGGCCAAACUCCCUGAACUUGCUCAUCAACAAGACUUAGCCAUGGCUAAAGCCGAUGCAGCCAUCACCGGUUUGGAACAAUCUGCCGAGGCCAGUAACAAGUAUGUUAAGGAUACCGUUGUAUCGCUUAGAAAGUCGAUUGCUGAUAUCACGGGGUUGAACAUUGAUGAAGAAGUUUCUAAGAAGAAGUAG